AUGCCCGAGCUUAAGCUCGAGACUGGGAACACUGAGGAGCAGUGGGCGAUGCUCAGUGCGCUCGCGCAUACGACCGCGGCCGCGCCGGCGGCCAAGCAGUCUCCGACUGCCGACCAAAUUGACCGCGAGUCUGGCGCCGCAGCAGCGGCAGAGGCCCUGAUUGCAACGCUGGACACGGCAGCGGUGCUGGCGGCGGCGGACGCGGACGCCGUGGCGUACGCCGACCUGCAGCGCUCGUGGAAGGACGCGGACAUGUCGGCCGAGGAGAAGGCCGCGGUGGAGGCACGCGCGCUGGCGGUGCCGGUCCAGCUGGUCGAACGGUGCCACGCGUACGUGCUCGCCAUCCAAGCCUUCCUCCCCUCGUGCAACCCAAACAUCACCUCGGAUGCAAAGGCGGCCCUCACCGCUCACCACUCACCCUCUGCCCGGCCCUCAGUGACUCCCGCCCCCACCACGCCCCUCGCAAAGGUUGGUAUCCACCAGCUCGCGGGCGCGGCGCGAGCAGCCUUCCAGACGGCGCUCGUCAACUCUCCGCCGGCCGCCGAGCGCGAACGGCUGCGCGGGCUGCUGCGCGAGAUGCGGGAGGUCGAGGAGGCGCUGCUCGAGGGCGAGGCGUGUCCGUGA